CAUCAACUCAUCAAUUACUAUCAUGUAACAAAAAAAGGUCAUGCAUUAUCAAAAUCCAAAGCAUUACUCCUACUACCAAUUACGUAUAUUAAAAAACAAAUAGAGUAUAUAAUUAAAAAUUGGUAAAAACGUCGUUCACUGAAAUUAAAGCGCUAGUUGCCACUAAGUAACAAUCAAUCAUUUAAUAAACUCUUGCCUCCUUUACAGACCCAACCCAAACUCUUCUCUUUCUUUUCCUUCUCUUUCUAUUUCUAUAUAUAACAAUUCUUCCUCACAUUCUCAUCUCAACCAACAACAAUAUCAACAACCUUCCUUGAGCUGAGCAUUAUUUUAUUUACAUUUUGCAUCUACAUCUGAUUAUGGAAGAAACACCGAAACAACAAAUAGUAUCGACACCAUUAUCAAAACCACCUAUGGUGGUUAUGCUACCAUCACCAGGCAUGGGACAUCUCAUCCCAAUCAUUGAAUUCGCCAAACGAAUUCUUCUUCACCAAAAUCUCAAUAUCACCUUAAUCAUCCCUACCGAAGCUUCACCUUCAAAAGCUCAAAAAACCGUUCUCCAAUCUCUUCCUAAUUCCAUUUCACACACUUUCCUUCCACCUGUUUCCUUCUCCGAUCUUCCACCAGAUGCUAAAAUUGAAACUAUUAUUUCUCUCACCGUUCUCCGUUCUCUCCCUUCUCUCCGUCAAAAAUUCACCACUCUCUCUACCACUCAUACUCUCACCGCCGUUAUCGUCGACCUUUUCGCUACCGAUGCUUUCGACGUUGCCGUCGAAUUUAACGUUCCUAAAUAUGUUUUCUAUCCUUCAUCAACCACAGCUCUUUCUCUUUUUCUUUACUUACCUCGUCUCGAUCAAGAGGUUCAGUGCGAGUAUAGAGAAUUAACCGAACCGGUUCAAAUCCCCGGUUUUCCGAUUCACGGAAAAUAUUUACUAGACCCGGUUCAGGACAGGAAGAACGAUGCUUACAAAUAUGUUCUUCAUAACACCAAGAGAUAUGGUGAAGCAGAUGGGAUUAUAGAAAACAGUUUUUUAGAACUUGAACCGGGUCCGGUUAAGGAGUUACAAAAGGAAGAACCAGGGAAACCGAAAAUUUACCCGGUCGGACCGUUGGUUAAAAGAGAUGUGGUUCAAACCGGGGCGAACGGUUCAGAGUGUUUGAAGUGGUUAGAUAACCAACCACAUGGGAGUGUUUUGUUUGUUUCUUUUGGAAGUGGUGGGACCCUCUCUAGUAAUCAGAUAAUUGAAUUGGCUCUUGGUUUAGAAAUGAGUGAGCAAAGGUUUUUAUGGGUAGUUAGAAGCCCAAAUGAUAAAAUUGCUAAUGCUUCUUAUUUUAGUGCUGAAACACAUUCUGAUCCUUUUGAUUUUUUACCAAAUGGGUUUUUGGAGAGAACAAAAGGGAGAGGUUUUGUUGUUUCGUCUUGGGCCCCGCAACCUUCGGUUUUGGCUCAUGGGUCGACGGGUGGAUUUUUGACUCAUUGUGGUUGGAAUUCUAUUCUGGAGAGUGUUGUUAACGGAGUGCCUUUGGUUGUUUGGCCGCUUUUUGCGGAACAAAAGAUGAAUGCUGUUAUUUUAACCGAGGGUGCUAAGGUUGGUUUGAGACCAAAUUUUAAUGAGAAUGGGUUUGUUGAGAGACAUGAAAUUGCUAGUGUUGUUAAGUGUUUGAUGGAAGGUGAAGAUGGGAAGAAACUUCGUUACCAAAUGAAGGAUCUUAAGGAAGCUGCUGCUAAAACUUUAGGGGAAAAUGGAACUUCCACAAACCAUAUCUCCAAUUUAGCUCUAAAGUGGAGCAACAUAUCCAAUGUCGCAAAUUAGCUUAUAUUACUUAAUAUUAUCUUCAAUAAAACAUCUUGUUAAUUUAUUAUCUUGUUAUAUGAUUUUAUUUUUUAAUUAUUGUUAAUAGUUUUGGUCAAAAAAAUGAAUGGUAAUAGCAUGUGUGUUAUGUAUAUAUAUUGAAAUUUUCAAAUA